AUGAGACACUCAAACACCAACGGACCAACUGACAGAAAAAAAACCAUCAUUUUCCACAGAGAGUGGACAGAAGGAGGGAAUACUGGGAGUACUGGUCAUACUGGGAUCCUAGGAAUACUACGACUUUAACCAGGUUCACUCAGAGACAAAAUGGAGUCCAAGUUAGAGGAGGAUCUGUGCUGUCCAGUUUGCCUGGACAUCUUUAAAGAUCCCGUCAUCCUGUCCUGUAACCACAGCUUCUGUAGAGCAUGUAUGGAGAAGUGGUGGAAGGAGAAGGACAAGAAGUGUCCUGUUUGUAAGAGGAUACACUCUAAGGACUGGUUACCUCCUGAAUUGUCUUUGAAGGUCCUGUGUGUGAAGGAACAGAGAUCAUCAGAGGAUCUCUGCAGUCUGCAUCACGAGAAACUCAAACUCUAUUGUCUAGACCAUCAAGAGCCAGUGUGUCACGUCUGCAGAGAUUCAGAAAAACACAUCAAGCACCGAUUCAGACCCAUCGAUGAAAUUGCUCGACCUUUCAAAGUGAAAAUUGAGGAAAGUCUGCAGCCUUUAAAGGAUAAAUUAGAGGCUCUAAAAGGAGUAAAAGUGAAGUUUGAUCAAACAGAAGCUCACAUAAAGGUCCAGGCCCAAAACACAGCCAGGCAGAUUACAGAGCAGUUUAAGAAGCUUCAUCAGUUUCUAGCUGAAGAAGAGGCUGCCAGGCUGCGUGCACUGAGGGAGGAGGAGAAGCAGAAGAUGCAGGGGAUGAAGGAGCAGAUGGAGGCUUUGAGUGCACAGAUAGCAGCUCUUUCAUGCACAGUUAGAGCCACAGAGGACCAGCUGACGGCAAGCGACGUAUCCUUCCUGAGAAACCAUGAGGCUGCAGUGGAAACUGUCCAGCAGUAUCCCCAGCUAGAGGAGCCACAGCUGCCCUCGGGAGUUCUUAUAGACCAGGCCAAACAUCUGGACAACCUGAGCUUCAAGAUCUGGGACAAGAUGAAGGACCUGGUCUCCUACACACCCAUCAUUCUAGACCCAAACACUGCUGGUUCAUUUGUCAUUGUGUCUGAUGAUCUGACCACUGUGAGAGGAGGACAGAGACUGCAGCUUCCUGAUAAUCCAGAGAGGACUGAUCGUUUCAACGCUGUCCUGGGCUCUGAAGGCUUUACCUCAGGGACUCACAGCUGGGACAUCCAGGUCGGAGACAAUGAACACUGGUGUCUGGGUGUGUUAGCAGAGUCUGUCAAAAGAAAGGGAGACAUACAGUGUGAAAUAUGGGGAGUAGUAUUAAUUGAUGGUAAAUAUGGAGUACAGUCACCACAAGGUAGAUCCACUGAUCUCUCAGUGAAAAAUCCGCCAAAGAGGAUCAGAGUGAAUCUGGACUGUUCCAGAGGAAAGCUGUUGUUCUCUGAUCCUGAUACUAACACACGCGUACACUCCUUUAAACACACUUUCACUGGAAGGGUGUUUCCCGUAUUAGGAACUGAGAAGAAUCACCCACUUAAGAUUUUACCAGAAAAAGUCUCAGUGACUGUGGGGCAAAACUGAAACAACAUGAUGACUUAUCUUUUACUCCAUAAAGCCCUUGUGCAAACUUCAUUUUUGAACCCUUAGUGAUUUUUAUAGUAAUACAUAAUAUAUAAUAUAUAUAUUGUAAAAUAUAAUAUUAGUCACACUCAAACUGCUAAGUGCAAUGCGCUUUUCAUACAAAAGCUAUAAAAUUAGUAUACAUUAAUAUUUUAUUCUACUUUUAUUGAGCUGUUUCUUUCACCUUCAACUGAACUAAUUAUUGAUAUCAAAAAUUCAUUAAUUUUUUAAAGAUUUUAACCCUUUGAAUGCCAAUUAUUUUUCAUGCUGCCACUAUGUUUUUCAAUGAAAAAAAAGGAAAUGAUUAUUAAUAUACUAGUUUGACUGAGUUUAAAGGCACAUAUUUUGCUCUUAACAGCUUAAGUGUAAUUUUUGCUUGUAAACAGUGUAUUUUAGACUUACUGUAGGAGCUGAGCUGGGAAUAACAAGAUCAAAUAAAAACACACAAUCUUGCCAAACUCAUGCCAUAUACAUGAACACAGCCAAAAUUAUAAAAACACAUCAAAAGAACGUAAAACCUGCACAACCUCUCCUAAGAAUUAACAUGCUCAUUUGCUGACUUGACAACAAUGAUGAUGUUAACUAUAAGAGUAAUGGUGAUGAUGAAAACAGUUAUGAUCAACGUCAUUGAGUCUGUCUAGAUGUUCUGAAUUUAAUCUCAGUCUCUGAGACAUGUGACCCUGCUGUUCUGAUGUUCCUGGACAUUGUUUUUACAGCGCUGAGAUAGACAACAAAACAAUAAAUACAGUUGCAAUUAAAAUGAUUCAACCGCCAUUGCAAAUCAGGUUUCUGGUAAAAGUGUAAAAACUUUUUGCCGUUUGCAAUGAACACAUCAAACAACAGGAAUUGAGAAAUAGCUCAUUAGAACUUAGCCUUCAGGUUAUUCCCCCAAAUUCAACUGAAAAUGCAACUUAUAAUGACUUCUCCAGUCUCUAAAUUUGUCAACAUCUUAAUGGCAAGCAUCUUCAGUGCUCAGUACAGCACCCUUUUCCUUCUAUGACCUUCUGCAAAUGAGAUGUAUAUCUAGACACCAGCUUUUGGCAGCACUCCUGAGGAAUCUUAGCCCAUUCCACAUGUGUAAUGGCCCCAAGUUCAGUAAUAGUCUUGGGUCUGCAUGCUGCAACCACCUCCUUGAAAUCCCACCAGAGACUUUCUCUGGGGUUCAAGUCAGGCGACUGUGAUGGCCAUUGUAGAAUCUUCUAGGACCAAGCUUUGGUUGAAUUUGAGGUAUGCUUGGGAUCAUUGUCCUGUUUGAAGGUCCAAUGAUGCCCAAACUUCAGUUUCCUCACAGACAACAUGAUGUUUCCUCCUAGGAUACUGAUACUUCAAUGAAUUCAUCUUGCCUUCCACACGCUGCAGGUUUCCAGUGCCAGAGGAUGCAAAGCAGCCCCAGAGCACCUCCAUCAUACCUAACAGUGGGCACAGUGUUCUUUUCAGCGCUUGCUUCAUUGUUCUUCCUCCAGACAUAGCACUGAUUCAUUGUGCCAAGAAGUUCCAGUUUUGUUUCAUCACUCCACAGAACAAAAUCCCAAAACCUCUGUGGCUUAUUUACUGUAUUUGAUUUUGAGCAUACUGAAGCCACCUUUUCUUUUGCUAUGGUUCAGUAGUGGUGUAUGUCUAGGAGUUCUGGAGUAAAAUCACCAUCUCCAUACUCCAGAACAUUCACCUUGUUGUCUUUAAACCAUCUAUGUAGCUUUCUCUGUAUGCUUCAGGUCAUUGUCUUGCUGUAAAAUAAAUCUUCUCUAAUUUCAGGAACUGCACAAACUAAAGAGAGAAAUGUUAAAGUUCUGACUGAGCUCUGUAUCUUCUCUGAAGGAUAUAAGAUCAUGUCCCACCUCCUUCAACAAAAAGCCAUUGUCCUUAUGUAAAAACUGAUGUGAAGCUGAUAAAGUUUGCUAAAUUCACUAGUGAACCUUAUCUGAGGUAAUUUCUUAAUUUUGUCCUCUCCAGUGGACUGUAGAGGAAUAAUAAUAAUAUCCCUUUGAUGAUGUUUACAUAUUCUUAUUUCCAAAUCAUCUCAUUACUUAUGCACAGUCCCAGUCUGGCAGAAGGGACCAAAAGCUGUACCCACAUUUCAUGAGUAGGGCCUGACCGAGAUGGACUUUUGGGGGCUGAUGCUGAUAUCUCUAUUAGGGAAUACAACAUUUUGAUAACCGAUACACCUGCCGAUUAAAUAUUAACUUUUUUUUGGAUCAAUAAAUAAAACAAAUACCUUCAUCUGAUCCGUUUAUUAGACUAAACGUAUUACUUUAAAAAUGUUUUUGACUUUCAGGAAGCUAAUAAUUCUUCUGUAUUCUUCUUUGCCAACCCUACUCACAUGUACCAGAGGGUCAAAAUAUUAGGAACACCUCUUACAACAACAGCAACACUCACUAUAAUCCCAGUAAAGAAUGAAUCAUCUCUCUGACAGUGUCAACAACAUUUACAAAGUCAUUCAUUCAGUGAAGUAGAAUUCCUGGUAGAGAUGUUGUUAUUGUUGUGCAUACAUAGCACAGAUGUGUCUAAUGAAGUGGUCAGUGAGAGUGUUUUCAAAUGUAUUAUUUCUGGAAGUGGUGGGUGAGUGGAUAAGCACCAUCAUAGAAGUCUAGAGUAAGACACGAUUUGAAAUGCACCUCUCUGAUGUCCUCUGACAGGCACUUUCUCUCCUCUGUUUUCCUGAAUGGUUGAUUAACAAUUAUUUUUGUCAGGCUAUUAUAGACUGAUUAAUCAGUCGGGUCCCAAUGCAAAAUGGGAGCCAGGAAAAAGGUGGACAGAGUUUACUGACUCUACUGUGAUGUCACUCUAGUGAACAGAGGAAGUUGUGAUGAUUGUUAUAUUUUUUCUACCUUUUGAUCCUAUAUUUUAAUACUUUUUAUAUUUUUGCUAAGUAUGUUUUGUAAUACUCUUGGUGUUAUACUUGUUCUGUUAUUAACUGUGUAAAGCACUUUGAAUGUGAUGUGUAUGGCUUUGUUUUACAAAUAAAGUUGCCUUGAUGAAACAUUA